AUGCUGGCUGGAGUGCGGGCGGUACGGGGCCUGCUCCGGGGAGCUUCUGCUCUCCGUGUGCUGCCCCAAAUACGCAGUGAAACCACAACUUCAGAGACAAAGCCAACGGUUCGGCCUGGCAAUACAGUGCUACAGAACCAGCUGUCAGCGUUUGGGGAAUAUGUGGCUGAAAUCCUGCCGAAGUAUGUUCAACAAGUGCAGGUGACUUGCUUUGGAGAAUUGGAAAUAAUGAUCCAUCCUGAUGGGGUUAUACCAGUCUUAACAUUUCUUCGUGACCACACAAAUGCUCAGUUCAAAAACAUGGCUGAUUUGACUGCUGUGGAUAUCCCAACAAGAGAGAAUCGCUUUGAGAUCGUGUACAACUUGCUUUCUUUGCAAUUUAACUCCAGAAUCCGUGUCAAGACUUACACAGAUGAACUUACUCCCUUGGAGUCCAUUGUGUCUGUACAUAAAGCAGCCAACUGGUAUGAGAGAGAGGUUUGGGACAUGUUUGGUGUGUUUUUUGCCAAUCAUCCAGACUGAGAAGAAUCCUCACAGAUUAUGGCUUUGAAGGUCAUCCUUUCCGAAAAGAUUUCCCUCUCUCUGGAUAUGUGGAGGUCCGUUACGACGAUGAGGUGAAACGCGUGGUAGCAGAGCCUGUUCAGCUGUCACAGGAAUUUCGGAAGUUUGAUCUCAGCAGCCCCUGGGAAGCCUUCCCAGCUCAUCGGGAGGAACCAGAAAGCCCAAAGCUGGAGGCAGGAGAUAAGUUAGAGACAAAGUAG